UUGAGCUUUAGCUCGAUUGGGGACGGACUAAUUCACUAUUUGGUUGGUAGCAUCUUGACUGUAAUUAGUGUUUUGCCAUUGGUUUUUUGCUAGUUCAAUUUUUUUCUCUCCACUCUAAUGAUUCGAGUUUGCGUGAAGAUGCCCAUGUUCAACAUUUCAGUGGUCCUCUGUAACUAAUAUUCUUGUCUUGUUGUGUCAUUCAUGGAACGUGUGGACUGUUAACAGUGUAGAAUUUGAGGGGCAGGAUCGGUUCUUUUUGCCUCAGCUGUUUCAUGUGGUAGGAUUGUUGAAGGGAUUGUAGUUUUUGUUCGAGAUAAGCUGGUAUUACUUCUCAGAACUUCACUCAAGUUAGGAUGAAGAGCAGAGAAUGAGGCAGUUUCGAAAUGAGCUUAGAUUAAUCUGUUUGGCAAGGGUGAAGCUAAGUUUGAAAGUGAAAAAAAUGUGUAGGAAGCUGGAUUUGCGCUCUAAAGCUCACUAGAACCCCUUGGUGGAAAGGGACGUGAUCAGAAACCAAGAAGAAAUUUGAAGAUCUUAACUUUAUCCAUUUGCUUUAUUAUCAAGUGUUUAAGAAAGUUUUUGGGGCAACAUGUUAUCCUUCGGGCAAAAAACUUGUACACGAAAGGAAAAAAUGUAUCAAAACAGUAGUCGGAAGGAAUUGAGGACCAAGGAGGUGCAGCGACAACAAAUUAGCCAAAUUGACCUUCCAGGACGGCUUGGUGUUAUUGAUCCAACACGAGUUACUCAAGUAGCCUGGCGACCAAGGGUCUUUAUGUAUAGAAACUUUGUAUCAGAGGAGGAGUGUGACCAUCUGAUUUCUUGGGUGCAAGGAAAGAAAAGUAAUUCUGUCGUUGAUGGUGAUUUGAAGGAGACAGAUAAUCUUCCUUCCAAAUCAAUCAUGCCAUUAAGUAUUGAGGAUCAAGUUGUUGCAAGAAUUGAGGAAAGAAUUUCAGCUUGGACUUUUAUUCCCAAAGAAAAUGGCAGGCCUUUACAGGUUUUGCAUUUUGACAGUGAAGAACCUAAACAGAAUCAUGAUUACUUGGGUAAGGAAUAUAAGGUGCUACCCAAUGAACCUUUGAUGGCAACAGUUGUUUUGUAUCUCUCAAAUGCCUCUCAGGGUGGCCAUAUUCUCUUUCCCGAGUCAGAAAAUGAGAUCUUGUCGGACUGUACAAUGAGUAAUAUGGCUUUGAAACCAACAAAAGGAAAUGCAGUUGUUUUCUUCAGUGUACAUCUCAAUGGGUCAGCUGACAACAGCAGUCGGCAUGCCAGAUGCCCCAUUCUUGACGGAGACAUGUGGUGCGCAACCAAAUUCUUCCAUCUGAGAGCCAUAAGAGGGAAGAAGGAACCUCUACAUUUAGAUGACACUGAUUGUAUGGAUGAAGAUGAAAAUUGUCCUCAUUGGGCUGCCACUGGGGAGUGUGAAAGGAAUCCAGUGUUCAUGGUUGGGUCUCCUGAUUACUAUGGAGCAUGCAGGAAGAGCUGUAAUGUCUGCUCAUUGUUGGACUAAUGCAUAGGAAUUUACAGUCUAUUUUCAUUCUCUCUUUUUGCCCGUUUGUAUUUGUAGAAAUGUUGAAAGAGUUAGAAUUAGAGGUCUCCUGGCUUUUCUCCUUUACAUGUUGCAGGUUAAUGUUUCAUGUUUUAACUCUUUUGGUCUAGAGUGGCUUCAUUCCUGGUAGGCUUUCAGUUUGUAUAUUUAAUUCUAUAUUGUGUAAGCUGUAACUAACAGAAUCAUACACAGGACUGGGCUGUUAUGUUUAUACAAUUCAAUUAUUCACAG